AUGGCGAUUUCUACAUUACUCUCAAUCUCUCCUUUCAGUCUAUCUUCUUCCUCAUCAACAAAAACCCAUUUCCUAACUACUACUAGGGUUUAUUCAUCAUCAUCAUCUUCGACUUCUCCCAAAUUGAAUCAAAACAAUCGUUUCCUAGGGAGUCAAAGUUCCAGUCUUUACUACCCAUUACGCCGCAAUUUCACCAGAUUCUCUUCUUCUCUAGAUGAGUUUCUCGGAAAAGCCAAAGAAGACAAAGAAGGAAACGAAAUCAUCCAGCUUCCGUCAUUUGGUGUGAACCCUGUUAAAUUCGCGAUUUACGUUGCGUUGUGGGCUUCCUUCUCUUUGCUUUGGUUUGCUAGGUCUGGAGAUGCCAAAGCCGCUACUGAUUCAAUCAAAUCAUCGAGCUUUGGUCUCAGAAUCGCCGCCACUCUUCGCCAAUUUGGUUGGCCAGACGAAGCUGUUGUGUUUGCUUUAGCUACACUUCCGAUUAUUGAGCUCCGUGGUGCUAUUCCCGUUGGUUAUUGGAUGCAGCUGAACCCUACGGUUCUCACUUUCUUCUCUGUUCUUGGCAAUAUGGUUCCAGUUCCGUUCAUAGUACUUUACCUCAAAAAGUUUGCGUCUUUCUUGGCGGGUAAGAGCCAAACAGCUUCUAAAUUACUCGACAUUUUAUUCAAAAGAGCUAAAGAGAAAGCUGGACCAGUUGAAGAGUUCCAAUGGUUAGGGCUAAUGCUCUUUGUAGCUGUUCCUUUCCCUGGAACCGGUGCUUGGACAGGAGCUAUCAUAGCAUCGAUCCUCGACAUGCCGUUUUGGUCUGCUGUUUCGUCUAAUUUCUUCGGCGUAGUGUUGGCUGGACUGUUGGUGAACUUGCUGGUGAAUCUUGGUUUGAAACAAGCCAUUGUAGCUGGUAUUGCUCUCUUCUUAGUAUCUACAUUUAUGUGGAGUGUUCUCAGGAACAUUAGGAAGUCUAUAAAACCAUCUCUGCCUUGA